UAAUGUGUGCAGUGUGUGUGUAUUAUUCUGGUCAGGUAGGUAGGUGUGACAUGUACACAGUGUGUAUGUAUUCUGAUCAGGUAGGUAUGUAGGUAGAUGUCGGGGUGAUAUUUAUUCUGAUCAGUUAGGUAGGUAUGAGGUUAUAUGUGCACAGUAUGUAGUUUUCUGAUCAGGUAGGUGUGGGUGUGAUGGGUACACAAUGUGUAUGUAUUAUUCUGAUCAGGUAGGUAGGUGUCGGUAUGAUGAGUACACAAUGUGUAUUAUUAUGAUCAGGUAGGUAGGCAUCGGUGUGAUGAGUACACAGUGUGUAUUAAUCAGAUUAGGUAGGUAGGUCUCGGUUUAAUGUGUACACAGUAUGUAUUAUUCUGAUCAGGUAGGUGUCAGUGUGAUGAGGACACAGUGUGUAUUAUUCUUAUCAGGUAGGUGAGUGUCGGUGUGAUGAGGACACAGAGUGUAUGUAUUUUUCCGAUCAGGUAGGUGUCAGUGUGAUGAGUACACAGAGUGUAUGUCUUAUUCCGAUCAGGUAGGUAGGUGGGUGUCGGUGUGAUGAGGACACAGUGUGUAUUAUUCUUAUCAGGUAGGUGGGUGUCGGUGUGAUGAGUACACAGAGUGUAUGUAUUAUUCCGAUCAGGUAGGUAGGUGGGUGUCUGUGUGAUAUGUACACAGUGUGUAUGUAUUAUUCCGAUCAGGUAGGUGUCGGUGUGAUGAGUACACAGUGUGUAUGUAUUAUUCCGAUCAGGUAGGUAGGUGGGUGUCGGUGUGAUGAGGACACAGAGUGUAUGUAUUAUUCCGAUCAGGUAGGUAGGUGGGUGUCGGUGUGAUGAGGACAGAGGCCGCUCUGCGGCUGUGCAGUCUCCGGCUCUCCUCGGACGUCACUGUCAUCUCGGAGGUGCAGUUGCGCCGUACCGCAGCAUGAUGUAGUUGGCUGGGAGUCUCUGCUGUGCUGUGCUGUGUGCUGUGCUGUGUGCUGUUCGGGGAGGACCGAUGCUGAAUAUCGCCCCCAGUAGCCAUAUCGCCGUGUGUUGUGUAGAGGAGGUUCAGACACCCAGCCCCCCCUCUCCUCCUCCUCCCAUCCAGUGACACCGGAUUUGUGAGCGGGGAGAAGAAGGAGCCGUCCCCGGAGCAGACAAUGAGAUGAGAGGCGCUGAUCCGUGGCCGGCCAUUGACAGGCUGCAGUGAAGGAGAACCGAAGGAGGAGGAGGAGGAGGAGGACGAGCAUCUGGUGUGUGAUGAGGAGCACCUAGGAGGAAGAGACUCUACAUUUCCUCCAUAUCCAGACAUCAGCACCUGAGGAGGAGGACAUGGCCAGCCAGCAGGACUCGGGCUUCUUUGAGAUCAGCAUCAAAUAUCUGCUGAAAUCCUGGAGCAACGCUUCUCCAGUGGGCAACGGAUACAUCAAACCACAAGUGCAGCCAGUAUCCAGUGCGCAAAGGGAAAAAGGACCACCAACCAUGUUGCCCAUUAGCAUAGACCCGGAGAGCAAACCAGGGGAGUACAUACUGAAGAGUUUAUUUGCUAAUUUUACUACACAAGCGGAACGCAAGAUUCGUAUCAUAAUGGCAGAACCCUUGGAGAAGACAUUAACAAAAUCCCUGCAAAGAGGAGAGGACCCACAGUUUGAUCAAGUAAUUAGCUCAAUGAGCUCUUUGUCAGACUACUGCUUACCCUCCAUACUGCGCACUUUGUUUGACUGGUACAAACGUCAGAAUGGCAUUGAAGAUGAGUCACAUGAAUAUAGGCCAAGGACAAACACCAAAUCCAAAGGUGAUGAACAGCAAAAAGAUUACUUGAUGGAAAGGAGGGAUCUGGCAAUCGAUUUUAUUUUUUCAUUAGUUCUUAUUGAAGUUUUAAGACAGAUUCCCUUGCAUCCAGUAAUUGACAGCUUGGUUCAUGAUGUAAUUACAUUGGCUUUUAAGCACUUUAAAUACAAGGAAGGCUAUCUAGGUCCAAACACUGGUAAUAUGCAUAUAGUGGCUGAUCUAUAUGCGGAAGUUAUAGGAGUAUUAGCACAGUCAAAGUUUCCUUCCGUGAAGAAGAAAUUUAUGGCUGAGUUGAAAGAGCUGAGGCACAAAGAACAGAACCCGUAUGUGGUUCAAAGCAUCAUCAGUCUUAUAAUGGGAAUGAAAUUUUUCCGCAUUAAGAUGUAUCCUGUGGAGGACUUUGAAGCCUCCCUCCAGUUUAUGCAGGAAUGUGCACAUUAUUUCCUAGAAGUAAAAGACAAGGAUAUCAAGCAUGCUUUGGCCGGCCUGUUUGUGGAAAUCCUUGUACCUGUAGCCGCUGCUGUGAAAAAUGAAGUUAAUGUCCCUUGUCUUAGAAAUUUUGUGGAGAGUCUUUAUGACACAACUCUUGAGCUGUCUUCCAGGAAGAAACACUCACUGGCGUUGUAUCCCUUGGUGACAUGUCUGCUGUGCGUCAGCCAAAAACCAUUCUUUCUGAACCGAUGGCAUAUUUUUCUCAACAACUGCUUAUCUAACCUUAAGAAUAAAGAUCCCAAAAUGGCCAGAGUUGCACUGGAAUCCUUAUACAGACUACUGUGGGUGUAUAUGAUUCGAAUUAAAUGUGAAAGCAACACAGCUACUCAGAGCCGUCUCACGAAUAUUGUGGGGACUCUUUUCCCAAAAGGCUCUCGGGGUGUGGUACCUCGCGACAUGCCCCUCAACAUCUUUGUGAAGAUCAUACAGUUCAUUGCACAGGAGCGUCUAGAUUUUGCAAUGAAAGAAAUUAUUUUUGACCUUUUAUGUGUAGGAAAAGCAGCAAAAGCAUUUAGCCUUAAUCCCGAGAGAAUGAACAUAGGCUUAAGAGCCUUCCUGGUGAUAGCAGACAGCCUGCAACAGAAAGAUGGCGAGCCCCCCAUGCCUGUCACUGGAGCCAUUCACCCAUCUGGUAACACCCUUCGAGUAAAGAAAACAUAUUUGAGUAAAACUCUCACUGAAGAGGAGGCCAAAAUGAUUGGCAUGGCUCUGUACUACUCCCAAGUGCGGAAAGCAGUAGACAACAUUUUAAGGCACCUAGACAAAGAAGUUGGCCGCUGCAUGAUGAUGACCAAUGUACAGAUGCUAAACAAGGAACCUGAGGACAUGAUCACUGGAGAACGAAAGCCAAAGAUUGACCUCUUCAGAACGUGUGUGGCUGCUAUUCCUCGCCUGCUUCCAGAUGGGAUGUCUAAACUGGAGCUAAUUGAUUUACUUUCAAGGCUAUCUAUUCACAUGGAUGAUGAACUACGCCAUAUUGCACAGAACUCUCUUCAGGGCCUUUUAGUUGACUUUGUAGAUUGGAGGGAAGACGUAUUGUUCGGAUUUAUUAAUUUUCUGUUGCGUGAAGUGACCGAUACACACCAGACACUCCUCGACACAUCUCUGAAGCUACUACUGCAGCUCCUAACUCAGUGGAGGAUCGUAAUACAGACUCCUGGGAAAUCACAAGAGCAUGCAAGAAUCAGGGCAACGGAGCUCAUCCCAAAUGGCUCCAGCCAUAGGAUACAGUCGGAGCGGGGUCCUUAUUCCAAUGUGCUGCAUGCAGUGGAGGGAUUUGCACUGCUAUUACUCUGCAGUUUCCAGCUGGCAACACGUAAAGUAGCAGUAUUAAUUCUCAAAGAGGUCCGGGCAUUGUUUAUUGCACUUGGACAAGCAGAGGAAGAUGACAAGCCUAUGAUUGAUGUCCUGGACCAGCUCAGUCCUUCAAUACUUGAAAGCUUUCUUCAUGUUGCUGUGUCUGAUUCUGCUACCCUGCCAUUUACACACAAUGUGGACCUUCAAUGGUUGGUGGAUUGGAAUGCAGUUCUAGUGAACAGUCACUAUGAUGUCAAAAGCCCUUCCCACAUCUGGAUCUUUGCACAGUCAGUGAAAGACCCAUGGGUUCUCUGUCUCUUCACAUUCCUUCGCCAAGAGCACCUUCCAAAACAUUGUCCCACUGCCCUCAGCUACGCAUGGCCCUAUGCUUUCACCAGACUACAAUUACUGAUGCCCCUGGUAGAUCCCAACAGUCCAAUUAAUGCCAAGAAAACAAGUAUAGCUGGCAGUGGGGACAAUUAUGUUACGCUGUGGAGGAAUUACCUGAUUCUUUGUUUUGGAGUGGCCAAACCAAGUAUAAUGAGCCCAGGUCACCUACGAGCAUCCACCCCAGAGAUCAUGGCAACCACCCCAGAUGGCUCUGUCAGCUAUGAUAACAAAGUCAUUGGAACCCCUUCAGUCAGUGCUCUACUUAAAUUGUUGGUUCCUAUGAUGAGACUUGAGAGCAUAGAAAUCACAGAGUCUCUGGUACUGGGCUUUGGAAGAACCAAUGCGUUAGUCUUCAGGGAAUUGGUAGAAGAGCUUCACCCUCUGAUGAAGGAAGCUUUGGAAAGAAGGCCAGAGAACAAGAAGCGCAGGGAACGCAGAGACCUGCUGAGGUUACAGCUGCUGAGGAUAUUUGAGCUUCUGGCAGAUGCUGGCGUAAUAAGUGACAAUACCAAUGGGGCCCUAGAGAGAGACACCCUUGCUCUUGGAGCAUUGUUUUUGGAGUAUGUGGACCUUACACGGAUGCUUCUUGAAGCAGAAAAUGACAAAGAAGUGGAAAUUCUAAAGGACAUUAGAGCACAUUUCAGUGCCAUGAUUGCCAACCUGAUUCAGUGUGUGCCAGUUCACCAUCGGAGGUUCCUGUUCCCACAGCAGAGUUUGCGGCACCACCUCUUUAUUCUGUUCAGUCAGUGGGCGGGACCUUUCAGCAUCAUGUUUACUCCAUUAGACAGAUACAGUGAUCGCAAUCAUCAGAUUACAAGAUACCAGUAUUGUGCAUUGAAAGCUAUGUCAUCUGUACUUUGCUGUGGACCUGUGUUUGACAACGUUGGCUUGUCUCCUGAUGGCUAUCUUUACAAAUGGCUUGAUAACAUCCUAGCUUGCCAGGACAUGAGGGUUCACCAGCUUGGCUGCGAAGUGGUUGUGUUAUUGCUAGAACUUAAUCCAGACCAGGUUAAUCUGUUCAACUGGGCCAUUGACCGCUGCUACACUGGAUCAUACCAGCUCGCAUCUGGAUGUUUCAAGGCAAUUGCAACAGUUUGUGGAAACAGGAAUUAUCCAUUUGACAUUGUGACUUUGCUGAAUCUGGUCCUCUUUAAAGCCUCCGAUACCAGUCGGGAAAUCUAUGAGAUCUCGGUGCAGUUAAUGCAGGUCCUGGAAGGAAAACUGUUCGUAUAUUCCAAAAAAGUAGCAGAGCAGAAGCCUGGAAGUAUUCUGUAUGGCACACACGGCAUAUUGCCACCCCUGUACAGUGUCUCAUUAAUUCGCCUUUCUAACGAGCUGGCACGGAUGUAUCCUGAGCUGACACUGCCACUGUUCUCAGAAGUGAGUCAAAGAUUCCCAACGACUCAUCCGAAUGGGCGUCAGAUCAUGCUUUCUUACCUGCUGCCAUGGCUGCAUAACAUUGAGCUGGUGGAUAGCAGACUCCUCCUUCCAGACUCCAGCCCCAGCACCCCAGAGGAGGAAGUCGCUGAUGGUGAUGGGGAAGUGGCCAGCAUCAGUGGACUGAAAGGAAAUGGAUGGGGAUCUCCAGAAGCCACAUCACUAGUGCUUAAUAAUCUCAUGUACAUGACAGCAAAGUAUGGAGAUGAGGUGCCUGGCCAGGAGGUGGAAAAUGCUUGGAAUGCUUUGGCCAAUAAUGAAAAGUGGAGCAACAACCUUCGGAUAACAUUGCAAUUUCUUAUUAGUCUCUGCGGGGUCAGCAGCGAUACUACUCUACUGCCUUAUAUCAAAAAAGUGGCAAUCUACUUGUGUAGAAAUAACACUAUUCAGACAAUGGAAGAACUUCUCUUUGAGCUGCAGCAGACUGAACCAGUGAACCCUAUAGUUCAACAUUGCGAUAACCCCCCCUUCUAUCGCUUCACUGCCAGCAACAAGGCCUCUGCUGCUCCCUCCGGUACCACCUCGAGCAGCAAUACAGUGGUUGCUGGUCAAGAUGGCUUUCCUGAUUUGGAAGAUAGCAGACAAGCCAAAGACGCAGAUGAUAGGUUUGGUAAUGUUAUUAGAGCACAUACAAGACUUGAAUCAAGAUACAGUAACAGCUCUGGAGGAUCCUAUGAUGAUGAUAAAAAUGAUCCAGUGUCUCCUUACAUCAGCUGGCUCUUAAACAUAGUGGAAAGCAAUCAGCCACAGCCUCUGCCCAUGCCCUGCAAUGGAGGAUGCUGGGCACCAUUGGUAGACUAUCUGCCUGAAACCAUAACCCCACGGGGACCACUUCAUAGGUGCAAUAUUGCUGUCAUUUUCAUGACAGAAAUGGUGGUGGACCAUAGUGUGAGAGAAGACUGGGCCCUACACCUUCCUCUGCUGCUACACGCUCUCUUCUUGGGUCUUGAUCAUUAUCGGCCCGAGGUUUUUGAACAUAGCAGAAAGCUCCUUCUCCACCUUUUGAUUGCUUUGUCCUGCAACAGCAAUUACUCUUCCAUUGCGUCUGUCCUUCUGCAUGCCCGGGAGAUAAAUGAAGCAAAGACAUUGACUGUGCAGUCUUCCCGCUCAUCAGAGUAUCCUUAUACAGGAGGGUUUGACUUUCUGCGGGAGUACCAGUCCUCUCCAGUGCCAGACUCUGGUCUGAGCUCCAGCUCAACCUCCUCCAGCAUCAGUCUGGGAGGAAGCAGCGGUAACAUCCCUCAGAUCAGCCAGGAGAUCGAGGAUGUUGAUACAUCAGCAGAGACGGAUGAAAAAGCCAACAAGUUGAUUGAAUUUCUUACCACCAGAGCCUUUGGUCCUCUCUGGUGUCAUGAAGAUAUUACACCCAAGAAUCAAAAUUCCAGAAGUGCAGAACAGCUCACUAACUUCCUGCGCCAUUUGGUGUCUGUGUUUAAAGACUCAAAGUCAGGUUUCCAUUUGGAGCAGCACCUAAGUGAAGUGGCUUUACAGACUGCGCUUUCCAGCUCCUCCCGUCAUUACGCAGGUCGAUCGUUCCAGAUCCUACGAGCUCUGAAACAGCCGCUUUCUGCUCAUGCCUUAUCCGACCUUCUGUCUAGGUUGGUGGAAGUCAUUGGAGAAUAUGGGGAUGAAAUUCAGGGUUAUGUCAUGGAAGUUCUUCUCACUUUGGAAGCAGCGGUGGAUAAUUUAUCAGACUGCCUAAAGAACAGUGAUUUACUGGCUGUCCUGUCAAGGUCAUCCUCUCCUGAUCUGGCCUCAAAUGCCAAAUUAAAUGCAAACAGGAAGAGCACAGGACAAUUGAACGUUAACUCUGGGGUUGUUGGUGGAAAUACAGCCACAUCUGAGCGCAACCGACACCAGAGAAGCUUUUCUGUUCCUAAAAAGUUUGGCGUUUCAGACAAGUCCUCUGACCCUCCACGUAGCGCUACACUAGACAGGAUCCAGGCCUGUACUCAACAAGGUUUCUCUCCAAAAACCAGGAGUUCAUCAUCACUGAAAGACAACAUCACUGAUCCUAAUCACAUCAAUAAUCCCACCAACCUGCUGUCCACCAUAUUCUGGGUUGCUGUUGCCCUGAUGGAAUCAGACUUUGAGUUUGAAUAUUUGAUGGCAUUGAGGCUACUGAACAAGCUUUUGUCCCAUUUGCCCCUAGACAAGUCAGAGAACAGAGAGAAGCUAGAGAAGCUUCAGGGGCAGCUAAAAUGGACAGACUUUUCGGGGCUGCAGCAACUCCUGCUCAAAGGAUUCACAUCUCUUACAACUACAGACUUAACCCUUCAGCUCUUUAGUAUGCUGACCCCAGUUUCUCGGGUUUCUAUGGUGGAUUCAACACAAGUCAUAGGCUUUCCCCUGAAUAUCUUGUGUUUGAUGCCUCAUUUGAUCCAGCAUUUUGAAAAUCCCAACCAUUUCUGCAAAGAAGCAGCUGAGAGGAUUGCACAGGUUUGUCUGGAGGAGAAGAACCCAAAGUUAUCCAACCUUGCCCAUGUCAUGACACUGUACAAGACACACAGCUACACAAGAGAAUGUGCCACAUGGGUAAAUGUGGUCUGCAGAUACCUACAUGAAGCUUUUACUGACAUCACUCUCAAUAUGGUGACCUACUUGGCAGAGUUGCUUGAAAAAGGCCUUCCGAGCAUGCAACAGUCGCUUCUGCAAAUCAUUUACAGCCUUUUGAGCCAUAUGGAUAUGUCUCUCAUUCCUGGCAAGCAGUUCAACAUGGAAGUACUUAAGACAAUUGAAAAGUUUGUUCAGAGUAUCCACUGGAAGGAAGCCCUCAAUAUAUUGAAACUGGUUGUAUCUCGAUCUGCUAGCUUGGUGUUACCAGCUUAUCAACAUGGCGAUUUGACAAAACUGGAGAUUAGCAGACUGUGGACGAGUUCCUCCAAAGAGCUACCAGGGAAGACAUUGGAUUUCCACUUUGAUGUCUCCCAGACCCCCAUCAUUGGUAGGAGGUUUGAUGAUCUACAAGGAUCUGGAGGACGAGAUGGUAAACCAAGGGCAAUGCCAGUUACUCGAAGUACAUCUUCUACUUCCUCUGGAUCUAUCUCUAACGCUUUAGUCCCAGUCAGCUGGAAGCGGCCCCAGUCCUCUCAGAAGAAAACGAGGGAAAAACUGGUGAAUGUCCUUACACUAUGUGGCCAGGAAGUGGGGCUCAGCAAAAACCCCUCCGUCAUCUUUUCUUCAUGCGGUGAUCUGGAUUUGAUCGAACACCAGACUAGUUUGGUGUCAUCGGAGGAUACAAUCAGAGAGCAGGAGAUCAUGGAUGAUACAAACAGUGAGCAGCAGUUCCGUGUCUUCAGAGAUUUUGACUUCCUGGAUGUGGAGCUUGAGGAUGGAGAGGGAGAAAGCAUGGAUAAUUUCAACUGGGGAGUUCGUAGGCGUUCUCUGGACAGUCUGGACAAGUGUGAUAUGCAGCUCUUGGAAGAAAGCCAGCUGUCGGGAAGCACGCACAGUCUGAGCAAAUUGAACCAGGAUGACUCAGAUGAAUCUUCUGAAGAAGAAGAUCUAACUACAAGUCAGAUUCUGGAAACCUCUGACUUAAUCAUAAGCCUUUCUCCUUCUGAAGAGACAAAUCACAUGGAGUCUCCCUCCACAUCAUGUGACACAACCUCUGCUGACCCCCAUUCCCUUAACACAAGAACCUCUAGUUUUGAUGCAUCUUUGCCUGAAAUCACUAAUCCACUCUUAUCUGAGGAAUCUAAGGCUGAUGCUGUUCUUGAUGAAGAUGAUGCAACUGUACAAGAAGAUGACCUAUCAGGGUCAAUGAGUGAAAUGCCAGUUGUGUUUGAAUGUAAUGACAGCUUUAACCUAGAAAUGGCUGAGGAGGAGAAGGAUAACCGAAUCAUGGAGCAUUUUGCACUGACAAGCUUUGGAGAUGGGGACAGGAUAACCCCUCCUCCUCCAUCGCCCUUCUUCUCAGCUAUCCUGGCUGCAUUUCAACCAACAGCAUGUGAUGAUGCUGAGGAAGCAUGGCGAAGCCAUAUCAAUCAACUAAUGUCAGAUUCUGAUGGGUCCUGUGCAGUUUACACAUUUCAUGUUUUCUCCUCCUUGUUUAAGAGUAUACAGAAGAGGUUCUGCUUCCUGACAUGCGAUGCAGCUUGUUACCUGGGAGACAGUCUGCGUGGCAUCGGGUCAAAGUUUGUGAGCACAUCGCAGCUACUGACACUGUGCUCUGAAUGCCCAACACUCUUUGUAGAUGCGGAAACGCUGUUAUCCUGUGGGCUUUUAGAAAAGCUAAAGUUCAGUGUGCUGGAACUGCAGGAAUACCUGGACACAUACAACAAUAGAAAGGAAGCCACAGUCUCUUGGCUAAAAAACUGUAAAUCAACAUUUGCUGGGGGCUCAAAAGAUGGAGUCAUCACAUGUCAGCCUGGAGACUCGGAAGAGAAGCAAUUAGAACUAUGUCAACGAUUGUACAAGCUUCACUUCCAGCUGCUGUUGCUUUUUCAGUCUUAUUGUAAAUUAAUUGGGCAAAUCCAUGAGGUCAGCACAAUGCCAGAGUUGUUAAACAUGUCAAGAGAACUAAAUGAGCUUAAGAAGAACCUGAAAGAGGCCAGUGUAUACAUUGCAGCGGAGUCCCUCAAUAUGGAUGCCACCUCUUAUGAGCCCACCUUCAGUUCCACGGAGUUUGCCAUACAGUCCAUGUUGGAAUGUUUGAAAAAUAAUGAGCUUGGGAAAGCAAUACGGCAAAUUCGCCAAUGCAGGAAACUGUGGCCUAAUGACAUAUUUGGAAGCAGUGCUGAUGAUGAGGUUCAAACACUACUGAACAUCUACUUCCGUCACCAAACCCUUGGACAAACUGGCACAUAUGCUCUUGUGGGCUCCAACCAGAACCUGACUGAUAUCUGCACCAAGCUUAUGGACCUGAACAUGGAGAUCCGGGACAUGAUAAGACGUGCCCAGAAUUACCGCGUCGUCUCAACUUACCUCCCUGAUGCCAGUGUCUCUGGCACUAGUCUUUGACAAGAAUCCUGUACCGGUCAACUCUCCCCAGCUGGAGAUACUGCCCUGCCUGAUUGACAUCACUCAGUAUCUACUCAGUGUUCCUAUGACUCAGUCACAAUGUUAUCAUUCCUGCUGACCUUCAGCCUUACUGUCAGGCAAAGCAAGCAGGCUAGUUGGAUCUGUAGCAAUAUUGUAAGGACAGCAAAGGUCAAAGCUGCAUCAGAGCGGCCCGGGACGAUCUCGCUGAUGCCUGUUGCUUUAGACGGCUAUUAUUAUUUCAACAAAAUACUUUGUCUAAAGUGACUUCCAUUGUGUACCAAAGCCUACUAAUCCGAACCCUACUUCCCUUCUAUAUUAAUCCUUAAUCUUAGGAUGGUAAAAGUGCAAUGUUUCCUUUACAGAA